AUGGUUGUGUUCCUUUUCAAACUCAUCUUCUUUGCAUUGAGCUUCGUAUCGAGCUUGGUUUUGGGCUUGAUCUUCUCUGCUACUGCUCGUGUUCUAGUAUUAUUAAUCCAUGGAUUCAGAGCACCAGGCCUAGCCAUCCAUGGCACAUUACAACAAGUCACAGAGGUCAUCAGGUCAUGUUCUGAGUACUUUGUGGGCCUUGUAUUGGAAGCAAUAAGUGCUCUAGUCUCAGCUUUCUUUGAUUAUCUAAAACAAAGUGUCACAGGGUCUGCUGGAGUUACCACUUCUGCAAUUGGAGAUCUCAUGGAGAAAAUAAAGACUUCGCUUGAAUUGCUUGACGGGUUGCUCACUGAUUUCCCAGAGGUUUCUGAGAUGAUUUUUACCAUGGUGGCUGAUUUGUGGAACAAUUGCAGGGAUGCUUUUGGAUAUGUUGCGGAGAAUGCUUGA